GGCCGGCCGGGCCCUGCCCGUGUCCUGGCCCGGAGUAGUUGCUCGUUGCCCUUGGCCUGCACUCAUUCUGAUCAUGGCUAUGAUGGCAUCACCGGCAGUCCUUCAGCCCUUAGAAACUAAACUUAAUAGUCAUAUAAGAUGGGAGAAGUAUAAAUAUACUCCCAGAGCCAUUCCUUCUAAUGCUGUAGUCGGAGGAAGGACUGAAAAAGGUGUUGAUAUAUACAUUGGUCGGGAUUUAUGGAAAGGGGAAGUGUGUUCCAUUCCAGCAACUGAAACCUAUUCCCGGUACGCAUUGUUCACUGGUGAUUCAGCGGCUGUUGAGAUUCUUGUAUGUGACGAUCACUCUAUUUUAUUUUGGGCUGAUAAAGGUGACGACAGAAUACGAAAGUUUGGAAUCAGCACAAUGGGGGUGGUUCAUGAUGAGCCUUUUGUCUGUAGACAAGGCUACCUCAUAGGUCGAACUGUACCAAAUAAAAAAACACUUUUCAACUGGCCGAAGCGUAAAUUACCACGUGACGUAUGCCUACUAGGCCAUGUUGAAUUCUCAUCACAGGCUUCACAGCUCAGUGUUCAAAACAGACUUGACAAGUACUACAGUAGUACGACAGAUAAUUAUCAAGUUUUGUGUGCGUACAGAGUACCUACUCCAGUGUAUAGCUUUACAAAGACAUGGAAAUGGGUACCAGCGUCAAAUGGAUAUUUACCACCGGGUGCUGUAGCAGGAGGAAAAGAUGAAUUCGGUGAAGUCAUUUACAUUGCUAGAGCAUUUCAUGAGUAUGAAGUACCAGCUGGGUAUGUCUCACCAUCACAGAAAUGCUGUAUUUAUCCAUGGGGUUGCACAACUCACCAAUCGUCA